UGUCAGGGCAGCUGUUUAUUUAUUGUAUUUAUCGCAUGCGAUUUAUUUUAAACAACAAUUUCAUGCCGCAUUGAUUGCACUUUUUAUGAUUCUUGUAAAGUGAAUAAACUAUUUGUGGGUCGGUGCAAUCGUAAGCAUAAAUUUUCAACAGCUCAUUUACAAUUCAGACAAAAAAGACUCAACACAACUAUUCAUUAUGGCAGACGUGAUGGAUCCAACUAUUUCAGUGUCCAAGGGAUGUUUUGUUUUCAAAGGCGCUGCUGUCGCCAAAACCAGUGGAGCUGCGAAACGGAAGCACAGCGACGAUAAUGUAAGUGCUUUGAGGAAACAAAUGAAUAGUCAGCCUUUCUACUCAACUUAUGCUGACACUUGGCAAAAAUUAGAAAGUCAUAUUGAAGAACUACAGUCAGAAAGCUAUGCUAAAACUCUCGAAGAUGUGGUAAAUUAUGUGAAAAAUGAAUGUAGUACAGGUGGCAGUAUGGAUACAUAUGACAUGGAAGAAAUAGUACCUGCGGCAGCGCUUUUAACUGGCGUAAACCAACCGGAUCAUUUGGAACAAUUCUCCACACUAACACAGCGCCUUCUGCAAAAAAUGUCGGCUUCGGUUUGUAUGCUGCAAUCUCGAGAUUGCGCUUCACUGAAAUCCGCUGUGGAGACAAUGGUGUAUAGUUUUAUAGAAUCAUCGGAACGUGCACCUUCAACAGGACUGCCAGAUGAAGACACGGAACAGCGUGAAAAGAAGCGUCUACGACGCACACAAUGCAACAUGCGACAAUUGUUACAUUGGUAUCGUCGCAAAUACAUAAGACCACAGUUGGAUGCGGAUAGUGAGUUAGACGAUGAAGAUGAUGAAGUCUUAGAAGAGUGUGGUUCACCAACCAAAUGUAUUUCAAAGCGCCCACAUGCUUUGGUUGUUAUAUUGCCAGAUUUCGAAUGCUUUAAUACAACGAUACUUCAAGACUUUAUACUAAUGCUGAGCGCUUACUACACACAUUUACCAUUUGUAUUAGUCUUCGGUGUAGCGACAGCUGUCUCUGCUGUGCAUAACGCAUUGCCCUAUCACGUAACAAGCAAGAUAAAACUUUGCGUGUUCAAAACACAAACGGCGCCAGUUUGCCUAAAUGAGAUUCUGGAACACGUUAUACUUUCGCCUCGAUAUGCAUUCCACCUUUCCGGCAAGGCUUUCAAGUUCCUUACACACAUUUUUCUUUAUUACGAUUUUUCCAUUCACGGUUUCAUACAAGCCUAUAAAUAUUGUCUAAUGGAACACUUCUUUCAAGGCAACGCGUACGCGCUGUGUGCUAAUUACAACACUUCUUUGAGCCGCAUCAAAGCGCUUACACAUGAAGAUGUUGAAAGCAUACGUCGUCUGCUUUCUUUUCGUCCGUAUGUGGAGAACAUCAAUGAUUGCAAGCGUAUUAUCGCCAUACUCACCGACGAUAGCUACUUAAAAAAGAAGCUGCCACAAUUACUGCGGGACUGUCAUAUACAUUUUAUGCUAUUACGAAUAUUUCUGGAAUUUGUCACUGUAUUAGUUGGUGAUUUACCAAAAUGUCCGCUGGGUAAGCAGCGUCGUGAACUCUACGCAUUUUGUCUCUCGAAAGAGCUGCGCGACCAGCCGGAAUUUAAGGAAUGUUGGCAGAUGCUUGGUUUUAUGUCAAAAGAUGAAUUUGUCUCAAAAAUCUCCAAAGCAAUUUCGGUGACAGAGGUAUUUAUGCACACCGAAAUCGUUGAUUUAGAACUAGGUGAUGAUUGCAUGACCAUCGUCAAUUCCAAGUUGCAAGCGGUGAAAGAUCUUUUAACCAAGGUUGUAAUGGCUGGUACGGAGGAUAAAUCACCGACCAGCGCUGCCGCAAACAACAUGCAGACCACUACACCAGCUACUCCAGAAACCAACAAACAGAAAUUCACAUCUCGUCAAGAUCUGAAAGAGCAUUUAUUGCAAAUGUCCAAACAGCAAAAUAAACCGACUUCGGAAUAUGCACAAGCUGUUGCACAAACGUUGUUGCAUAUACAAAAUGAAAUUGUAGUAACACAUUUGGCGCCGCUUAUGCGAGCGCCGCCCCUACAUGAGCUCUUUGUUUUCAGCGAUGUGUCCACAGUGCGUCGUAAUAUUAUUGGCGCGCCACGUGCGGCACUCCAUAUGGCACUCAACAAUCCCAACUACUACUUACAAUGCAAAUGUUGCCAAUUGUCUGAGUCCAAUCAGCUACUGGCCACGCUCCCCGAUUUAUCAGUUGCGUAUAAAUUGCAUCUGGAAUGUGGCCGCAUGAUUAAUCUCUUCGAUUGGUUACAAGCUUUUCGAUCCGUCGUGGACGAUAUCGAUAACGAGCAGGAACAGGUGGAUCCACAGAUUCAAGCUCGUUUUACUCGUGCUGUAGCCGAACUCCAAUUUCUGGGUUAUAUUAAGAUGUCCAAACGCAAAACGGAUCAUGCUACGCGAUUGACAUGGUAGUCAAUCAAGGUAGUUAGUAUUGUUAUGUUUUGGACUAGAAAUAAGGUUUAAAGAUUAAAUAAACUUUGUAAGA